UUCUGCUUUCAUCUAUUUUUUUAAACUAUACAUGGUUUAAAAGCUACCUAGCAUAAGGUAGCAGAGCAACGAGUGCUAAUAACCAGUUGGCAUUUUGAUUACAAUAGCUGUACAGUACUUAAGGUCCUCAUAGUGGCACUUAGACUUUUGAGGUCAUCCUAACUUUGUCCUACUAAAUGUUGUAUCGUGUUAUCCAGCUCUGCAGUGAUAGUUGAUCCAAAGAUGCCCAUCAAGCACUUCUCGCCAUAUAUUACUCACCAUCUUCAUUGCUGUUGUUGGGCAAUAUCUCUGGCAGUUAUGUGGCUGAGUUAGCUAUCGACCAACUGUUAUGCAAUCGUAGCGUUCCCCAGGCAGUGUGAAAGCCAACAUGAAGAUCACUACUGCAGUUCCAGAAGGCCUGGCAGACCUUAAAGCCAUUUGGUUUUUUAUGUUUGAACUUACUAGAACUAAUGUGUACAACUUAGAAAGAAGGUCAAAUUUUGUAACCUUCAGGAAAUUUUGUUUUAGUUUUAACCUUUUACAUGUUGACUUUCUAGGAACUUUCAAGGUUUAUGUAUUGUUUCCCUUAAGGUUAACUUCAAGUCUCGCCGUAGCCAUUAGAAAACCUUCAGGAAAUGUGCCCUGCAGCUUUCCUGAAGGUUAUCUCCACAUUUCACCAUGUAACCAUAUGGGAACCUUCAGGGAAUGUUCCUUAAAGGACCCAUGAAAUUUCUCAGUAAAUUUAACAACUACCGUAACUUUUCACAGUUUUAAUCUAAAAAGUUUCACUUUAAACACCAAUAGCACAAUAUUAAAAUUAAUACUGCAUCUCAUUUUUAUAAGACAGGAUUGGUAUAAAGUUUGAGUAUGAUGAGUCCCAUUGCUUAUGAGUUUGCAGAGAGCAUUCAUCUUUCAGGAUGAGGCUUCCCAUUCUUAAUUGUUUCAAAACACUCGAGAUCCGGGGAGUUAAUUUAAAAUCCCUGCCGUCUCCUCAGCUUCAUGCAUUCAUUUGGGUUAAAGGGAUUAGGGUGGCAUCUUCUAAUUACACACUCAUCAUGCCUUCAACUUGAAGAUUAAAUUGGGAUGGAGCAGUCCCGGUGACACAGAGGAUGCAUCAGAGCGAUGCAGAUGGUUGAUGAAGAAACCGAGCCCCGGUUAAGUGUUAAUGUAGGAGCAAAUGAAAGAGUCAAACAGACGUCUGGGUUUGAAGCUCCUCUCUGCACCCUGCUCUAGAUGGGCAUUGGGUUUUUUAUCUUUAACUAUCACCACAUUGUCACAGAAUUAAAGGAGGCAGCUGAUGGGGAAUCUUUCGGCUAUAGAUAAGAGAAAACCCUUAUCUGCAUUUUCCCCUUGCGGGGGGGAAAAUACUUUAAACACCACUAGCACAAAUCUAACAUUGCUGUGACUUCUGACACACUUAAUAAUCUGAUGUAACUGAUGAUAUACUUUAAUUGUCAGAUUACUACGCUGAUAACUUCUAAACUUUGCAUGUAGUUGUAAGCUGAUCAGUUGAGAUUUAAAACUAACUCUAACUUUAGGUAAAAUGAAUAAAUAAAAGUUUUUAGGAGCCAACAGAUGUUGCUUUGCUGCUUUUGCUUAAAUAAUAAAGCCACAAAGAGACUUGUGAAGGUGUCUGAGGGUGUGUUCGCACCCCUUUGCUGGUUUCCCACUUGGGGGGAGGGAGAUAAGGCGUUGUUUCAUCCUGUUGUUGCUCAAGGCUAAUUGCACCAGUAGAAUCUGGUCCUCUUGAAGGCAGUUUGAGUUUAUGUGGGAUUUACUGUUGAGGAUUUGUGCGGGAACGCAAGGUGAGGAGAGUUCAACCUUCACUCAGGGUGAAGGAGAAUGGGGGGGAAAAAAAUGGUACUGAAGUUCACCAUCCUUGAAGAUCAGUGUAAUUAUUAUGUUCAGGUAUAGUACCGUAAUAAACGCAUUUACUCCCUUAUACACUUUAAUCUGUGUUUGCUAUGCUUAUGUUUCACAUUAUCAAAUGGGUGACUGAAGCCAGAGUUACUCGGAUAGCUUUGUUUCCCAUCAAUAUAUACUUUUUGUAAAAACAUUAGGGGAUGCACCGAUACUAAAAUUCAGGCUGAUAUAUUUGACACCUUAGAAAAGAAAGCGACCAUACAGCUUCAGUUAAACUCAACAUAGUCCUGCACUGUCACAUGACCAACCUCCUCCACUCCCCUUGUGGAAAAAACAGAAAUAAAUAGCGACUGUUAAUAUUAGUCUAGUUUUAUUCAUUGGAUCAAUAUGUUAAGAAAUUACUUAACAUAUUAGCUGCUAAUAUUAGCUGAUACCGAUGUUGGUGUCGAUAUACCAUGUAUCCCUAGAAAACAUAAUUUCUUUGUCAAAUAUUAAAUUUAUUUGUUUUGAAAAAUUGAAGAGUGAGAAAAUGAAACAACAUUUUUGUCUCAUUUUGCCACAUAUUCGGCUGUUUUUUACUUUCCUAGAACUAAUCCAUUUCUGUUCGGUCAAACACUGCACCUGCAGUGACGCAAACUUUCAUGUAGAGCACACCUCAACACGCUUUUCUCUUAGAUAAGUGUCUGACUGAAGUUGUACAUGUAAUAAGCCUUUAUGUGAGUCAAGGCGGGAUGGAGAUAAAUGGUCCGACGCAAGGCUGCACAAAGGUGAACAGCCGGGAUUAAAGGCAAGGCACUUAAAACCAGUCUGUACAGCACAAUGCUGAUAAACGACCGGGGCGCCUUACGUAAGCUGAGGAAAGCGCACCUCACCUUUGACAUAUUUCUGAUAACAAUUGUAACCUGAGCAGCAUUCAUUUGUUUUGUUUUGGAAAUACUAAACAAGCCGUUACUCUACCAAGGAAGUGAAAGUGAUUGUUUUGAAGAUGGCGCACCUUAAGGCUUUUAGGACAAGAACAAGUAAAACUCCUGCAGUUUGCCCAGAGACAGUGCCGGGCUGGAGACGGAAUGAUAAUUGCGACCUGGACGCGCACGAUUCAGUUAGAUGCUGUAAUGUAAAUUCUCAUGCAGCUGUGAUGCAGUAGAACUGCGGAGCGUGUCUUUUAACGUGCGUUCUCUGCUGUAUCACCACCCAGUUGACCUAAAAGUGACUGUGCGUAUUUACAUGUUACACAACUUGCAACCUCUGUCCAGUUUUAUACUUGUGCGUGUGUUGGGGUGUGUGUGCAAAGGUUACUUAAGAUGAGCUGGAUGAGUGAGCUCUUUUCAGAUGCUCUUUGAGCACCAGCAGGAGAAAGAGCAUAAUGGCGCUGCUCUUGUGGGUCGGCCUGUCGCUGCUGCUGGCUGUCCAGUCCGGUGCGGUCAGGAACUGCCACCCCAGCUGUCACUGUGAGGUGGAAAGCUUCGGGCUCUUCGACAGCUUCAGCCUGACCAGGGUGGACUGCAGAGGCAUGGGUCCCAGCGUCUCCAUGCCCAUUACCAUCCCUUUGGACACCGCCCACCUGGACCUGUCGUCCAAUGAUAUGGGCCCUCUCAGCGAUGCCAUGUUAGCCGGUCCAGGCUACACCACGCUAAUUAGUUUGGACCUCAGCAGCAACAAAAUUACUAAGGUUAGCCCCAGUGCGUUGUCCAAACUGCGAUACCUGGAGAGUUUGGAUCUGAGCUACAACAAUCUGGAGAGUCUGUCUCCAAGCUGUUUCUCGGGCCUCCCUCUGGCCGAGGUGGACCUCAGUCACAACAGUUUCCAGGAGUUUGACAUGGCUGUGUUCUCUGCUAAAGUGAACAGUGAACCUGUCAGCGUGGAUCUGUCCCAUAACAAGCUUGUGUCAGUCUCUGCCACCUUGAAUGGAAGAUCUUUACAUAUUCAGAGUGUCAAUUUGUCAGUGAACCAGCUGGUUAGCGUACCAAACAUGGCGGGACUUCCGCUGCGGUACCUAAAUCUGGACGCUAACCCAAUUCUGAAAAUCAAGAAGGGAGCCUUUGGUCAGCUGAAAGAUUUGGUUUAUUUGUCCGUCAGUGGCCUCGGUGAACUUCACGAAAUUGAGCCGCAUAGCUUCAGCGAUCUCCAGAACCUGCAAGUUCUGGACCUCUCGAAUAACUCGAAACUUAAGAAUCUAAGCCCUGCAGUCUUCUGUGGACUAGACUCUCUGCAGGAGCUCAACUUGUCUGGUUCUGGUGUGACUUCUUUGCCAACUAACAUGUUGAGCCACCUUCCCAGCAUCAAGAGUAUCACUCUUGGACAAAGCAUCCACUGCUGGAGGAUGCAAAAACAGGGACAGUUCCACCGACAGAUGGGGCAAGUCCAGCAUAACGAGGAGCUGCACUGUAACGUAGACGGCAUUGUGUUAUGAGACCGGGCCUCAGGAAAUGAACCACUCCUAUCAUUCACGACUGCAGGACUGAGGCUCGUCUGCUCUGAUAUGUAAAACAGUCUGAGUCGCUCUCGCUCAGUUAAAUCUGUUCUCUGGUGAUACUGUGGAUCAUACCUUAUCAUUUUUAUGUAGCUUUGAAAAACUCUGGACACUUUAUAAUCUUUGCUGUAUUUUUAGCAGCGCAGGCCAACUUCUUUAAUGUUUUAAUACAUUUCACUUUUUAAACUCAUAAAAAACUGCAUCAUGAAUUAAUUUUAACAUGUUAGUCAUAUCUUUCACUUCAUUGGAUUGUCUUAAGAGCUACUUGAACUUAGUCCUAAUGUGGUAUUUUCUUUAAUAUUGUGCUUUUGCUAGUCAGAAAUUGACAGACAUUGUUGCCAUAUAACCACUAGGAAUACUCAUAAGACUUUGAAUGUCUGGAUGAGGGGGACGAUUUUGAACUUGAUUAGACUUUUUUUUCUUUUCUUAACAGUUUGUUUUUCUAUAUGCUAUGUUCAAUUUACCUCGGAUUUCAGAACUUAAACUAUUUUUGUCACAAUAAUGGAGCUAGCCUAUUCUAGCUAAAAGCCAAAAACAGGUUGGCAAUACAAAACACAUUUCUCUUUAUUAUAUGUAUUUCAAAAUAAAAUAAACACACAAAUGCAAAUUGUACACUACUGGUAAAAUAUAAAACAUCCACAGUGCAAAUAAACCAUUUUAUUCCUGCUGCUUUCAAAAUAUCUUCUGUUCCCAACAGCCAUGUUGGGUCUGAAUUUGGUAUUUACAACUCAGAAAUUCUGACAUCCGAGGACAAAUUGAAUGCAUCGUUUGAUUGAAGUUACCACCAGACCUUAAUAUCUUAUCUUGGUUUAGCUUAGCAGUUAUUUAGCUUAAUCAUUCUGGUUGGUUUAAUCUACAAAAGGUAAUGUCUGAAAGGUUGUUCGUUUUACCCCGUUGAGCCUUAAAGCAGCAAUGCACAGUGUUUUGGGAUAUCUAUUGUAUGAAAAUCUUUAAAAUUAAGAAAAAAGAUCAGCUGUAGUGUUCUAGCCUUACAAUGAACAAUGUUGUUCCUGUACUGUGACCUGGACAAAUUAAAGAAUCCGACUUACAGGUGUUACUCUGCUGGUUGAGGUUGAUGUUUUGGUUCCCAAUUAUUCCAGUUUACAUGCUGACCUGAUAAACUACUAAACACCAUAUUGUAAGUCACUUUGGAUGAAUACCUUCCUCUAAAUGAAUGUACGUUAUUGAAUGUAAUAUAACAGUUGCAGUCUAUUUCAAGACUUUAACUAACCUCUGCAGUAUGCACGAUCAGCAUAAGAUCAGUUUGAUAACCUUGUGUUAAGCUACUACAAAGCCUAGUAUUUAUGCAAAAAAUUCAAACACAAAUGUUACACAAGAUAACUUGAAUAUUAAUUUAACAAACGCCCUCCAAAUUCGUAAUUUUCAAGUGCUGAUUUUGCAGGAGAAAAUUGGGAACCAGCCCGUGAAUAUACUGCAUCCUAAUUAAAUCCGUUUCCUCUCCAACAAAUUAAUCAAUCAAAUGAUUAGUUUUGAUUUAUGAUUUAUUUUAACUUUGACCAGAAUUCAGUCCAAUCUCAAAAUUGAACAGGUUGCAUGCUCAAAACUCUGGCACUUUCUCAAACAUCCUGUUCAAAUUUAUUAUUUCAAAUUUCAGUGUUUUUUUAAAUUAUUGUAACACUUUAAACUGUGUAGCAUUUAUUUCAAGCCUCGCAAGCUGCCUUUUAUAUUUUUCCCCAACAAAUAUUAAACUCUAGAUUUAAUGACCAAAAUAAUUUUUUGCUUUGUUUGAAGUCCAUGUUCUCUGACCAUUUCAUUACUUUGCCACUGUUCUUAUUGAUCUUACCUUUUUUUUUUUCCACUGAAAUGGCACAGCAGGCGUAAACAAAGUCAGAACUAGUUGACCAAAAGUAAGCCUUGAUUUACUUUCAUGCUCUUUAGUGACCAAGUUUAGUUUCCCUGGACAAAUUGGACCACUAACAGUUUAUCACAUUUUUUGUAUGCAAGUUAUUUUUGUUUUAUGUGUUGAUGCACAUGUGUAAACUCGCCUUGAUAUUCCUUUUGCAAGAGGAGAAUCAGUCUCAAGAACGGUUGUGGAGACUGGAAUCGGCCUUCAAACUGUCCACUUUAAUGAAAACGCUUUAGUUUAAAGAGCUAUAUUUGUAUGAAUGUAAGUAAACUGUACAUAACCAUAUUAAUAUGUAAAUCUUAUAUGUAAUAAAUUGACCCCUCUCACACUGUGAA